AUUAUUUCCCAGUUUUGUUCUCUUUAUUAUGCGACUCUCUCUGUUUCUGAGCUUACACACCAUCCCAGAACCACAUUCAACUUGAAUGCCUUUCGAACUGGAAGUUGGAGUUUGGUGAUCUGAAUUUGAGUUACGAUUGAAGGGGUUGUUGGUGGUUUGAACCAUUGAAGAGUUUUAUGCUUAGUUUCUAAGAUGCCUGAUCAGAGAAAAAAGUCAUCUGUAGAUGUAGAUUUCUUUACAGAAUAUGGAGAAGGGAGUAGAUACAAAAUAGAGGAAGUAAUCGGUAAAGGAAGCUAUGGUGUUGUUUGUUCUGCAUAUGAUACGCACACCGGAGAAAAGGUUGCAAUAAAGAAAAUCAAUGACAUAUUUGAACAUGUAUCUGAUGCCACCCGCAUUUUACGUGAGAUCAAGCUUCUUAGACUCUUACGUCAUCCCGAUAUUGUGGAGAUCAAGCAUAUCUUGUUACCUCCUUCUAGAAGGGAAUUCAAAGAUAUAUAUGUUGUUUUUGAACUUAUGGAAUCUGAUUUACAUCAGGUCAUCAAAGCAAAUGAUGAUUUGACUCCAGAGCAUUACCAAUUUUUUCUCUAUCAGCUUCUUCGAGGCUUGAAGUAUAUACACACAGCAAAUGUUUUUCACCGAGAUCUAAAGCCAAAAAACAUUUUAGCAAAUGCUGACUGCAAAUUGAAGAUUUGUGACUUUGGUCUUGCCAGAGUAGCUUUCAAUGAUACGCCCACUGCUAUAUUCUGGACAGAUUAUGUUGCAACAAGGUGGUAUAGGGCUCCUGAGUUGUGUGGAUCCUUUUUCUCCAAGUAUACACCAGCCAUAGACAUAUGGAGCAUUGGAUGCAUUUUUGCUGAACUUUUAACUGGAAAGCCUCUUUUCCCAGGGAAGAAUGUUGUCCAUCAAUUGGACCUCAUGACUGAUUUUCUUGGAACACCAUCUCCUGAAGCCAUUGCUAGGGUACGAAAUGAGAAAGCUCGGAGAUACUUGAGCAGCAUGCGUAAGAAGAAGCCGGUUCCUUUCUCCCAUAAGUUUCCUAAUGUUGAUCCUCUUGCUCUUCGUGUUUUAGAAAGAAUGCUGGCAUUUGAACCUAAAGAUCGACCCACUGCUGAAGAGGCUCUUGCAGAUCCAUAUUUUAAAGGAUUGGCAAAGGUAGAGAGAGAGCCUUCCGCUCAGCCAGUUACCAAAAUGGAAUUUGAAUUUGAAAGGCGCAGGAUAACAAAGGAAGAUGUAAGAGAACUUAUUUACCGAGAGAUUCUGGAGUACCAUCCGAAGAUGUUAAAGGAACAUCUAGAGGGAGAAGAACCAACAGGCUUCAUGUAUCCAAGUGCCGUGGAUCACUUCAAGAAGCAAUUUGCAUAUCUUGAAGAGCAUUAUGGAAAAGGUGGUACUAUCACUCCACCUGAGAGGCAACAUGCAUCAUUACCCAGGCCGUGUGUGUUGUAUUCAGAUAACUCAAGACAGAAUGUGGCUGAGAUUGCUGAUGAUCUAUCCAAGUGUAGCAUCAAAGAAGUUAAGAAGCCAGCUGUAGACAGGACUGGUGGUAUCCCUAUGAGCAGGCUUCCUUUACAAGCUCCUCAAAAUAUUCAAGGCGUUGCUGCGCGGCCUGGAAAACUUGUGGAUUCUGUAUUGCGUUACAACAACUGUGGAAUAGCAGAGGCUGAGCAGCGGAGGAUGGUCAGGAAUCCAUCUGUUUCAGCCCAGUAUGCUGCUUCAAGCUGUUCAUAUCCUAAAAGAAACGCAAGCUGUAAAAAUGAGAGGACAGACGAUGGGAUUGAAGGUUCUAAUGGACUUCAGCCAAAGCCUCAGUACGUAGCGCGAAAAGUUGCUGCUGCUCAAGGUGGAGCUGGUGGGAAUUGGUGUUGAUAUCGGACUGUUGAAUUUGUAGCCUGCAACUGCUUUUUGUCAGGCAUACCAGAGUCCACACGGAGGCAGAUCAGUCAUCUGAAUUGAACAAAAUAUAUGUGGUGGUCACAGCCUUGAUUGGCAUCAAACGGUGGGAGAGCUAAAGGGAUUAAAAUCUGAAGAAGUCUCUUGCUGAUGUUUCAUUGGAAGGUUCCACAUGGUGCAAUUAUGAUUUUCUUGCUCCCUAGUUCGUUAACAUCAGAGUUUAUGAAAGAUCCAAAAAGCUUGAAAUGAAAUCAGUGCAGCCGCUGCUACAUAUUUGUGUUGUUCUCUUUAUUGCUGAAUAUAAGUCAUUAAUUAGUAUUACCCUCAUAUUUUGGUCACCAUCCACAACAAUGAUGAUGUAGUUUUAUAACCCACUCGCUUGUAGUAAAAUAAUUGGUUCUAUCUGUAAUGUCUCUCUGAAGUUUAUUUUGAAACUUUAUUUGGUCUUUCUUCCUUUGCCAUAACAAAUAUAUUGUGGCAAUAAGUAGCUGUAUUAAAUGCUUAUAAUGGACCAAUUCGGUUGUGGAGUCCCUUAUUUUGCUUUCAUGUCCUUCCCUUUUGCCUACGUUUUCUGCAACCUUACAAGUAGGUACCUUUCCCAAUGGAAAUCAAGAUCAAUUUAUAGAUGAAGAU